AUGAGAACACUAACCACCAAGUACAAAGAGAUACGAAAUUUCAAUGCCACUUCUGGAAACAAUCCUAAAAAAUGGGCGUAUUUUGAUAUACUGACAGAGUACUUUGGAGACCGCCCAGGUAUAGUAGCCAGAGCAUCAUGUUCAAGCUUGAAUAUAGCUCAAAAUAAUCAUAAUCUACCUGAUCAUAGCAGCCCAUCAACAUCCAAUAUACAGAAGAGAAAAUCAGGAUCUUGUGAAAGUGAAGAGAAGGGAAAGAUGGUUAAGAAAACUCAGGAGAUACAAAAUCCAAGAAAACAAAUGGUUGCUUGGCUUAAGGAUUACAAUAAAGAAGUGCAAGAAAGAGAGGAAAGGAGGCUAAUGAGUAUGGCUGAAAAGCAACAUAAUGAGAAUAUAGAGAUGUUGUCAUAA